AUGGACGCCGGCGUCGACGACGACCCCAUCACCGCCAGCUACUCGGUGUUUCUCAACCCGGCCCUCCCGCUCGGCCGCCGCCUCCUGGUCCUCCAGCAGCCCAACCGGACCGACGACGCGCCGCGCCCGCCGCCCACCGAGCUCCGCCUCAAGCCCCAGAGCGGCAUGGUCGAGGUCGACCUGCCGCUCGACAACACGCGCGCCUACGACCGCGACAAGGGCCUGCGCUGGGGCCGCGUGCUCCAGUCGUCCCUGGCGGCCAAGAGCGGCGGCACGCACGGCCUCGCCGGCGGCUUCGGCUUCGGCGCCGUCCCGCAGCGCGGCCGGAGGAAGGGCGAGCCCGACGACGACGCCGCCGCCUACAUGGACUGGAACGAGGCCGUGCGCCAGGACAAGGUGCUCAAGACGCAGACCCUGGGCGGCCAGUACCCGGACUCGGACGAGGUGCAGUACAUGGUGGGCGUCUUCCAAGGCAAUAACCUCCAUCUCACGCCCGUCUCGUCGCUCGUCCACCUCAGGCCGCAGCUUCACCACCUCGACGCCGCCACGCAGCAGGAGCGAGCCGCCUCGGCGGCGGCGGCGGCGGCCUCCAAGGACGCGGCGGCGGCAUCGUCGGCGCCCACCGCCGCGCGAGCCAUCCACAUGACCAUCAAGAACACCGCCGACGGCGAGGCCAUCACCACCGAGACCAUGGCGGACCGUCUGCGGUUCGUGCAGACCGAGGACUGGCGCAAGAUGCGCUACACGGACGAGAACGACGAGGCCGCCUGGGACGUCUACAACGAGAGCCUGUUCCUCCGAGCGCCGGCGGACGCGGGCGCGGGCGCGGGCGCCGACGACAAGGAAAACCCCGGGGACCUGGAGGGUUCUGUGCCCCGGUUCGGCGCGAAAUGGGGCAGGAAGCGCCUUCUGGAGGCGAUCAGCGGCAUCGUGAACGACGAGGCCGAGCCCGAGCCCGAGCCCGAGGCGCAGCACAUCAAGCCGGAAGCCAGGCCUGACGGGGGGGCCGCCGUAGUCGCGGGAAAAGCCAAGGCCCGGCCUAGGAAUGCGCCGUCGAGACCCAUCAGCCUCGAUUGA